UCUCUGACCUGGGCACAGUUUAAUGUAUGGUUAAACUGUGACCUGGGUCUACAGUGUUUACACCUGUUCGGGAGUCGGACUGUCAGGAGCAGAACUCAGGAGCAUGAAAAAAAGAAAGAACAGGGUUAUAAAUAAAUAAAGAAACUUCAAUAUGAACACGCAAGAUGUUUUAAAUUUUUCACAUCGAAUAUAUAAAAAUAGUCCAAUCCUAUUUCAUAGUUAUAUUGGAAAGAAGGUUAAGAUAACAAUGCAAGAUGAAAAUAUUUAUUGUGGUAUUGUUUAUACAGUUGAUCCAGUAUCAGAAAGUAUUGUGCUCCUACAGUCGAAAACAUCUAAGCAACAUCGUCUAAAAAUAAUAUUCAGCCAUGCCAUACAAAAUGUCGAAGUAACAUUGGAGGCCGAAAUGUUUUUGCCAGAAUUAUUUUUAUCAUCACCUGCAAAACUUUCACAGGUGAUGGUUACUAAAAGAAAGGAUACUAUUAUGCAAUUAUUACUGGACAAUCGAUUUCCGGUUAAGGAAGAAAAGGAUAUCUUAUGGAUAGAAGAUACUGUGUUGAUAGAACCUCCAUAUUAUCCUGAAAAUUGGCCCUGCCUAGUCACCGUGGCUAUUGGACUCAUGACGUCAGAAACAAGAACGGCGAGAAAUGACACAUAAGUUUCUUGAGUGCCAUUUUUGCAAAUAAAGAGGAUUUGGAUAAAAUUAAUAAAUAGGAUUGCUUUAGAAAACUUGUAUAAA